GCUCGCCGUCGCCUCUCCCACGAAAAUGGCAGCGCUCGCCUCCCUCCUCCUCCGCCGCCGCCGCGGCGGGCGCCGCGCCGACUUUCUCCUCCGCGCGCUCUCUACCGCCGCUGCCGAGCCGGCCCUCACGGCCUCGGCCGCCAAGACCCGCCUCCGCCGCGAGCACGACCCCGACCGCGUCGUCUCCCUCUUCGAGGCCAUCGACGACGCCUCCCUCUCCGCCUCCUCCACCCGCCACGCGCUCUCCCUCGCCGCCCGCCGGCUGUCCCGUGCCCGCCGCUUCGCGGACGCCGAGGCUCUCCUCUCCUCCCACAUCCCGGCCUCCCCCACCGAGCCGCAGCUCGCUGCUGUCCUCUGCUCCUACGCCUCCGCAUCCCUACCCGAGAAGGCUCUCCCCGCCUUCCGCUCCGCCGUGCCGUCCCUCCCGACCCCCGUCUCCCCGCUCCCAUUCAACGCUCUCCUCUCUGUGUUCCUCCGAUGCCGCCGCCACCGCCGUGUCCCGGUCCUCUUCGCCGAGCUCUCCAAGGAGUUCUCCAUCACCCCUGACGCCUCCUCCUACGGCAUCCUGGUCAAGGCCUACUGCAUGCUUGGCAAAGACGCUAAGGCACACGAGGUGUUAGAUAAAAUGCGUGGGCAGGGUUUCACACCGACCACCAGUAUCUACACCACAAUGAUCGAUUCCAUGUAUAAGCAGAAGAAGAUCGAGCAGGCAGAGCGCUUGUGGAAGCAGAUGUUGGAGAGUGGAUGCAAGCCUGACCAAGCGGCAUAUAAUGCAAAGAUCAUGCACUACAGCCUCCACGGUAACACGGAAGAUGUGCUUGAGACGAUAGCAGAAAUGGGGGCAGCUGGAGUGAAGCCGGACACUAUCACAUACAAUUUCCUCAUGACUAGCUAUUGCAAGGAUGGUAAGAUAGAGUCUGCCAAGGAGUUGUACAAUUCACUAGGUGAGAAGGGGUGCUCGGCAAACGCUGCCACGUACAAGCAUAUGUUGGCACAGCUGUGUGCCCAUGGAGAUUUUGACGGUGCAUUGGAGAUUUUCAAGGAAAGCUUCAGGAGCAACAAGGUGCCAGAUUUUAGGACAAUGAGAGGAUUGGUUGAGGGAUUGACAAAGGUUGGCAGGGCUGCUGAGGCAAAGAAUAUUGUUGCCAAGAUGAAGAAGAAGUUCCCAGAGCAAUUGCUGUCAGGGUGGAUAAAGCUUGAGAGGGAGCUUGGGUUGAACUCGGAUAGCGGAGAUGCAAGUCAGGCAGAAUGCAUAUCUGAAGAAACUCCUGCUGAGGCUGGGACUGCUACUUUAAAGACACUUGAGCUGGAAGAUCCUUCUGCGGAUGAUACAGAAUGUACAACAGAGGCAUCCACUAAUGAGAAAAUGCCACAGGGUUUUGCUUGAUCAGAUAUUAUUAUGAAUUUCAAGUUUAAUUCAGUUAGUAUGAUUUUACAUUGUGCGCAUUUUCUUCAAGGAAGAAUCUCUAAUGUUGCCAUGUACAGAGGUAAACAUUAGUUUCUAUAGGUGGACUACUGAGCCGCUAAGAGUUUAUUAUGCUGACAAUGCUUAUAUAUUUUGUCGUUAUGGUUAUUGUGGUGUUCACUUUGAAUAAUAGCUGUUA